CAACAACCAAAGCGCGAGCGCAAGCAAGCAGACGCCUCCGCUUAGCCCGGUGACUUGUAACGCCCGCCCCCGGCCUCUCUCUCUCUCACUCGAGCGAAACGCGCGCAGCAAUGGCCUUCUACUACGGCGUGAGCGGGCAGUCGUCGUCGCCUGCGGCGGCGGCGUGGGGGGCGCCGCCGACGCCGAGCAGUAGGCCGUGGACCAAGGCGGAGGACAAGGUGUUCGAGGGCGCGCUGGUGACGUUCCCGGAGCACGUGCCGAACCGGUGGGUGCUGGUGGCGUCGCAGCUGCCGGGGCGCACCGCGCAGGAGGCCUGGGAUCACUACCAGGCGCUGCUGACCGACGUCGACCUCAUCGAGCGCGGCAUGGUCGAGGCUCCGGGCUCCUGGGACCACGACGACGCGGCCGCCGGCCGCGGCCGCGGCCGCGGGGCCGGGAGCGGUGACGAGCGCCGCCGCGGCGUGCCCUGGACCGAGGAGGAGCACAGGCUGUUUCUGGAGGGGCUUGAGAAGUACGGGCGCGGCGACUGGCGCAACAUCUCGCGGUGGUCGGUGAAGACGCGCACGCCGACGCAGGUGGCCAGCCACGCGCAGAAGUACUUCAUCCGCCAGGCCAGCGCCGGCAGCCGCGGCGACACCAAGCGCAAGAGCAUCCACGACAUCACCACCCCGUGAUCGUUCGUGGUCGUGGAGCACACAAGCGCAGGCAGCAAGAUCCGGCCCAAGCUAUCUAUGUGCCUGCAUUUACCGUAGCUUCUACCUUUGCGAGACGGAAAAAAACAGCCGUCCCUGUGGUUGUAGAGAUGUGGGCAAAAUUAAGCUAGUGGUUGGAAUCUGGCAUCUGGAACUUGUAUUAAGCAGUACUACUAUAUAGUGGAAUAAAUUGUGCUUGUGUGUAUUUUGAAUCA